AUGUUAAUUAAUAAUUUUCAAUUAAUUUUAUUGUUUAUCCUCUUCAUUUGCUCGUUAACCAUUUUAGCUGCAAACCCUCCAUUUGGAAGACUGUCAGUAAAUAAAGGCCAAUUAGUUGGGGCAAAUGGUCGUCCGGUUCAGUUGAGAGGAAUUUCUCUUUGGUUCAGUCAGUGGUUAACUCAAUGGUAUUCUCCUCCAGCUGUUAAGGCUAUUAAAUGUUUCUUUAAUGGAAAUGUUGUUCGAGCAGCUAUUGGAACUUGUUGUUCUGGCUAUUUGGAGAACCCACAGGCAGCGAUUAAGGCAGCCAUGACUAACGGAAUUUAUUUCAUAAUUGACUGGCACGAUGUUGCUAACCAAAAAUGUACAAACGAUGCAGAAUUUAAAAAGUUCACUAACAGCGCUAUUACUUUUUUCACGACAAUAUUGAAUAAAUACAAAGGGUCUCCAAACUUAAUUUUGGAACUGUGGAAUGAGCCUAUAUGUCCUUGGAAUAAAUUAAAAGAGUAUUACAAUGCUGUGCUAGCAGUAAGUUUUUAA